AUGGCGAACAAGGAGGUGAAACCGGAGGGGAAAGAGUCGAGCUGGAAAGAUUUUAUCUACAACCCGAGAACGGGGGAAUUCAUCGGGCGCACUGCGAGUAGUUGGGCGCUUAUAUUCCUCUUCUAUGUGGUCUUCUAUGGCUUCCUCGCUGGGAUGUUUUCACUCACUAUGUGGGUGAUGCUGCAGACACUGGAUGACUACACCCCUAGGUACAGGGACCGAGUGGCCAACCCAGGUCUGAUGAUCCGGCCCAGUUAUUUGGACAUCAUGGUAAACAGUUCUAACUUUGAGCAGUACAAGAAGUAUACCAAUAACCUGGCUGACUUUCUGAAGGUGUACAAUGACCAUGUGCAGGAGAAGAAUAAAAUGUGCGACGAGGGUGUGUAUACUAUACAGGAUGAUGAGGAGGAGAAAAAGGUAUGUCAGUUCAAGCGGAGUCAGUUGCGGCAGUGCUCAGGCCUGGGUGAUACAACUUUUGGCUAUGCUGAGGGUCAGCCCUGCAUCUUGAUCAAGAUGAACCGGGUUAUUGGACUCAAGCCACGAGGAGAUCCAUACAUCAACUGCACAGCCAAGAGAGAUACGCCUCUACUGAUGCAGUAUUUCCCUGCUGAGGGCCGAUUUGACAAGAUGUACUUCCCUUACUAUGGCAAGAAAGCCCAGCCUAACUAUGUUCAGCCUUUGGUGGCAGUGAAGCUGCUGCUUAGCGAGCAGGACUAUAACACGUCCCUGACCAUCGAGUGCAAGGUGGAAGGCUCGGACCUGCGCAACAACGACGAGCGCGACAAGUUCCUGGGCCGAGUCACUUUCCGUGUCCACGUAACCAAGUAGCCCUGAUCACUCACAGGAGCUGCACGAUGUCCUUCACUCGCAUUCAAACCCCACACCUCUCUUCACACAUGCUUACCUGAGGCACACCCGUGCUCCUGCCAUAUCAGUCUACCUUCCAACACCUUAAGGGAGAUUGACUGUACUGUACAAUAGAGGUAGGUUCAGAGUGGGGCAAUAAUCUGCUCUUAAAAUUGUGUGUGAGGGGUAACAUAAUCUAGAUUUUAAUUUAAUACCUCUUCACUUAUAAGCACAAACCCUCUCACUGAGAGAAAAUACAAGUAAACUCACACUGAACCUUCCCAAAGCCAUCUCUGUAAGACACAAAGCUUGUGACAUCGUGCAGUAAGCAGGGACCUGUAAAUAGAUGUGUCGGAGCAUCAAGUUGCUGUCUAUUCCCUCCUAUAGUGCUGUGCAGCCUGCUGUGUGUAUGUCUGAAAGUGUGAGAGAGUGAGUGAGAAAGAGAGAGUGUAUGUAUGUUUGCCAUGAUGUGAAGUCUCUCUGUACAUAUUUAAUGGACUUAAAGACACUUUUUUCCUGUUAUCACUCACUAUGUCUGACCGUUGUAAUAAAUCAAGGUUAUGAUAUUAUAUAUAGAUAUGCAUAUAUAUAUAUAAAAGAACUGCAAUUUAAGAUUUUUUGAGAAAUGUUAUUAAGGAGAGGGGAGGGAGACAAACACCAAAAAUGUCUAUCAACCUUGUGUUCAAAUCCAUCUGCCAUCUGAGGGAAGUGAUGAUUUUUUUUAUUUUUUAUUUUUUUUUAAACCUCUGCAGAAACUGUACUUUGUGCAGAUGCCUUAAGAUCUGUAUGAAAAACUUAAAAUAAAGGAGAUUUUAAACAUG